AUGGAGACGCUCUCCCAAGAUUCCUUGCUGGAGUGUCAGAUCUGUUUCAAUUAUUACAGUCCCCGGCGAAGGCCCAAGUUGCUGGAUUGCAAACACACCUGCUGCUCGGUGUGCCUUCAGCAGAUGAGGACGAGCCAGAAGGACGUGAGGUGCCCCUGGUGCCGAGGCAUCACCAAGCUGCCUCCGGGCUUCUCCGUGUCACAGCUCCCCGACGACCCCGAGGUCCUCGCCGUUAUCGCCAUCCCGCACGCCUCCGAGCACACCCCGGUCUUCAUCAAACUUCCCAGCAAUGGGUGCUACAUGCUGCCCCUUCCCAUCUCCAAGGAGCGCGCGCUGCUGCCCGGAAACAUGGGCUGCCGCCUGCUGCCGGGGAGCCAGCAGAAGCCAGUCACUGUGGUGACCAUCCCUGCGGAGCAGCAGCCUCUGCAAGGCGGGGCUCCCCCAGAGGCAGCGGAGGAGGAGCCAGACCGGCGGGGCGUGGUGAAAAGCUCCACCUGGUCGGGGGUGUGCACUGUGAUCUUGGUGGCCUGCGUCCUGGUCUUCCUGCUGGGCAUCGUGCUCCACAACAUGUCUUGCAUCUCUAAGCGCUUCACUGUGAUAUCCUGUGGCUGAAGCGGGCUGCGGGCGCCGGACUGGUGGGUGCCACCUCGGGGUUCAGCAGGUGUUGAUGAUGGGACUCCGGUGAGAAGAUGGGGGCGACGCUGAUCAUUUGGUCCCGAGCGCUGGCCUCCGGGCUGCCACUUGAUUAACCCAAGACGGACACGGAGGGGCAGAACGGGAGGUCUCAGCCAGAUGCCAGACGGGUCGCUCUGAGCAUUGAUGGCAGCAGCUUCGAAGACGAUUGCAUGCAUCCUCGUAGUCAUUUAUUAAAUGGACUGUAACUUAUGAUUUUUCAAAGUCACGUGAUGAGAUAGACAUAUUCUACUUAGGUGUUGAACUGUGCAAGUGCUUACGAUGUGAUCUUCUCUAAAUGUGGUAGAUUAAAACCAAGAUGCUAGGUGUACAAGUAGAAUCCACCCUGAGAAUGAAUCCAUGACCAAAUUCAGUGACGACACGCAGUGCUGAUUUCUUUCCUUUUACAAAUGAACCCCAGUCUUCACUUAGUUGCUAAGGCUUUUUAUACUAAAUGGCGCCCGAAUUAAGCUAAGUUAAGCGGUCCGUCGUUUUUUGAAGAAACUAUUUGAACAAGUGUUUCCAAUGUAUUGUGUUUUGU